UUUCUGUUUCAUUGUUGCUCUCGUCUUCUUAUUCAUCUCGUUCUCCGGUGCUUUCAUGGAGAACGCAGACGUUUUUGGCUCAUCAACGGCGCCACUCACCUGGCAUGAUUUUUUGGAGCGGAUGCGACAUCCUUCUGCAGUCGAUUUCGUCAAAUCCAUCAAGAGCUUCAUUGUGUCAUUUUCAAACAAUCCACCUGAUCCGGAAAAGGAUAGUUCUGCUGUACAGGAGUUCCUUUCCAACAUGGAAGGGGCUUUCAGGGCUCAUUUGCUUUGGGAUGGUUGCUCAGAGGAGGAGCUGGAGAGUGCUGGUGAAGGCCUGGAAAAGUAUGUCAUGACAAGAUUAUUUACCCGUUUAUUUGCAUCACUUCCAGAAGAUGUAAAAUACGACGAGCAACUUUCUGAGAAGUUGGCUUUAUUACAACAGUUCAUUCAGCCAGAAGAUUUGGAUAUCAAGCCAACUUUCCAAAAUGAAACAUCAUGGCUGCUUGCACAGAAAGAACUUCAAAAGAUUAAUACAUAUAAGGCUCCAAGGGACAAACUAGUUUGUAUUCUCAAUUGCUGUAAGGUCAUCAACAAUUCAUUGCUCAAUGCGUCUAUUGCUUCAAAUGAAAAUCCUCCAGGUGCUGAUGAAUUCCUUCCAGUUCUUAUUUAUGUUACUAUAAAGGCAAAUCCUCCACAAUUGCAUUCAAAUUUGCUGUAUAUACAAAGAUACAGGAGUCAAUCACGCUUAGUCUCAGAAGCAGCCUAUUUCUUCACAAAUAUGCUCUCUACAGAGUCAUUUGUUGCAAACAUUGAUGCAAAAUCCCUUUCUAUGGAUGAAACUGAGUUUGAAAACAACAUGGAAACUGCAAGAGCGCUUCUUUCAGGCCUUUCAACUGGUACAUUAUAUGAAAGCAAUAGAGAUGGGGGGCAUGUCCUGAGAGAGGAAUCCAUAGAGCUCAAACCGCAAACCUUGAAUUCUAUGAAUGAAAGAACCAUUUCUGAUCCUAAGAUACACCAUCAUUUUCCAACUCAUCCGUCUGAACACAAGAUUGUGAAUAUGGAAGAUAUGGAUGUAAAGGAUCAGCUGUCGGUAAUGGAAAAGUUAUCCAACUCAGAUUUGGAAAAGAGAGGUGCUACUGAUCUUGGGAAGGAGGAUCAUUUGAGCAGAGCAUUCAGCGAAUACCAGUACUUGUAUGCGCAGGUUGGUGAUCUAAUAGUCAAUGAUGUAGAAGACCUGCUGAAUUGUUACAAACAACUUGUUUUCAAGUAUGUUUCUCUUUCCAAAGGGCUGGGUGUGGCUACUUCAUCUUUCCCAGAACCUAUUUCCCAAACUGAAACACAAAGCCCUGCUGAAACUGAAGAGGACAUGAGCAAUGGAAGGGAAAAACAAUAGAAAGAAUAAUGUUUUGGAUGGAGGCUGACUUAUUUGGAUGGACAAGUCUGAACCUGACCUACCACAAGAUGAAAGAGUCAUAAGUUAAGGAAUGGAUAAACCUAAAUCACACCUACCACAAGAUGAAACAAUCACAAAUCAAGGUGGGGAAAAUGAUGAGAGUUACCCC